GCCCCGCCCGGUGGCGGAGAGGAAGUGCGGGGCCGCCGCGCCGAGCCCGUCUCCGCGCAGGCCGGCUCCCCCGGGCGGCUGGGUGACAGUGUUGCGGCCGCCGGGCACAGCGCGGGGCAAGCGCCGGGCAGCCGAGAGCCAGGCGGAGGCUUCAGCAGAGACGCGGGGAAAAUGGCUGAUGACUUUGGCUUCUUCUCGUCGUCAGAGAGCGGGGUCCCUGAGGCGACUGAGGAGGACCCAGCGGCUGCCUUCCUGGCCCAGCAGGAGAGCGAGAUCGCAGGCAUAGAGAAUGACGAGGGCUUCGGGGCACCUGCCGGCAGUCAGGUGGCCUGUGCGCAGCCGAGACCCGCGAGUGGGGCUGGUUCUGAAGACAUGGGGACUACUGUUAAUGGAGACGUGUUUCAGGAAGCUAAUGGCCCCACUGAUGGCUACGCUGCAAUUGCCCAAGUUGACAGGCUGACUCAGGAGCCUGAGAGCAUACGCAAAUGGAGAGAGGAGCAGAAGAAACGGCUGCAAGAGCUAGAUGCUGCCUCUAAGGUGACAGAACAGGAGUGGCGGGAGAAGGCCAAAAGGGACCUGGAAGAGUGGAACCAGCGCCAGAGUGAACAAGUUGAGAAGAACAAGAUCAAUAACAGGAUCGCUGACAAAGCAUUCUACCAGCAGCCAGAUGCUGAUAUCAUCGGCUAUGUGGCAUCUGAGGAGGCAUUCGUGAAGGAAUCCAAGGAGGAGACUCCAGGCACAGAGUGGGAGAAGGUGGCCCAGCUCUGUGACUUCAACCCCAAGAGCAGCAAGCAGUGCAAAGAUGUGUCCCGGCUUCGUUCGGUGCUCAUGUCCUUGAAGCAGACGCCGCUGUCCCGCUAGGUGCCUGUCAUAAGCAUGAUCACAAAGCACGGGCCACACCAGGGCAGAGGAGCAGCAGCUGCUUUGGCCAGGGUGGAAACUUCCUCUGGCAGCUGCUACACACAGCCUAUUCCGUUCCUCUCCAUCUCCCGGGGCUGAGAAAGGGGACCCUGACCCCUUUGGUCCCUUGCUCUCUCCUGGCCCUAUGGUCCAGCCCCUCAUGGCUCCUCCUCAGUCCACUCAAUUGUGACUGUCCCUCUUGAUGUAUUUUUUUUUUCUUGCUUAAAGGGUGUGUUGUUAA